CUUUGUCAUCUUAGCCACAAUAUUGUUCCUGAGAGCUUAUAUUCUAAUUAAGCAUGAGGGAUUUAAAGGCUCUAGUUGUUCCGGUCGCCUUACUUUCCUUUUCUAGUGUUUUUAUGGUAACCCAAGCUCGAGACAUCAUUAAGGGUGAGAAGGUGAAGACUCAGGGUUUGGGGUUGGACUUGGGUAAUAUAGGCAUAGGCAUUGGCACUGGCAUAGGCAUAGGCCUAGGCGGGUCCGGGUCAGGUUCCGGAUCGGGCUCGGGAGCAGGCGGUUCAAGCUCUAGCUCUAGCUCGAGUUCAAGCUCUAGUAGCUCAAGUCACGGUGGUGGUGGUGGUGGUGAGAGUAGUGCUGGAUCAGAAGCAGGGUCUUAUGCAGGGUCAAGAGCUGGCGGCGGCUCAAAUGGUGGUGGAGGCGGAUAUGGUGGCGGCCAUGGAGGAGGUUAUGGCAGCGGCGGCGGCGGCUACUAGCAAGAUGCUUCCAUCUUGCUAAUAUAGCAUACCGUCUCGGUCUGAGUUAAAUAAUAGAGCACGGUUCUUUGAACAUCAAGACUCGGUGUCAUAAUACAACACUGAGGCCUUUGGGUGUCAUACUGAUCUCGAAACUAGCUCCUAUUAUCCCUAACUCACCCCACAAACCCAACUACUUGCCCUUCUGUAACCCCCUCUAGCAUUUUGUCGAAAUGUUGGUGGGGGAGGGGAGGCGGGCUAGAAGAGGGUAAGGGUUAGAUUUGUGGGGGUGAGAUACAUAGGAUAAGACCUGGUUCCAGGAUAAAUGGUGCACCGUAAAACCUUGUGUCAUAUUAUAGCACUCGAAUUGAAUGCCAAAAGAACCGUGUGAUAAGUAAUGUGUAUAAUCACGUAAAUUAGUACGAGUUUGUAUUGUGAUUUGUGAAGUUAUGAAUGAAAUAAAUAUCCUGAGUGAGUACUACU